UGCUACUGCUAGCUAUUUCAUUUUCUCAUUUAUCAAUUACCAUUUCCACUUUCUGUGUCUUGUAUUUUCAUUUUUCAAUCAAAAUUUCCACCUUCAAGCAUGACUGCUAUAGUUUCUGGCCUCUUGGAAAAGUCGGGUUCACUCCUUGUUGAAGGGGUAUGGCCAGAGCUGAAGUCGUUCCUGUGUUUUCAAAAAGAAGUCCGAAAGCUUCAGAGCACACUUUGUGCUAUCCAGGCGGUGCUUGAGGAUGCUGACAAAAGACAAGUGAAUGAGAAAGCUGUGAAACUUUGGUUAGAUAAGCUCAAAGAAGCAGCCUACGACAUGGACAACGUGCUGGAUGAGUUGGAAACUGCAAUCAUUAAAGCACAAAUUGAGGAGGAAGAAGAAAAGGCUGAAACAACCACUGCUACUGCUAAGGUAUGGUCCUCCUGCACCACCUGCAUUUCCUGGAUUUUCAGAGUAGUUACUGAGCUUGUUCAGCGUGGUUUCAUUGUUUUCAAGAUAAAAAAUUUGAAUGAAACGUUAGAUGAGAUAGACAAAGAGAAAGGGAGGUACAAUUUUGUGUUUGGGCCGAUUACUAGCACUGAAGUAGGUGAGCGACUAGAGACUUACUCCCUUGUUGAUGUGAAAGAAAUACAUGGUCGUGAUGAGCGUAGGGAUGAUCUAGUGAGGAAGAUUUUGGGAGAGGGUAGUGAAGUGAGGGAGCUUUCGGGUGAGGGUAGUGAAGUGAGGGGUAGUGAAGGAGAAAGAAGCCCCUAUGUCAUCUCCAUAGUAGGCAUGGGGGGCAUUGGAAAAACCACUCUUGCCAAACUAGCCUACAAUGAUGCUAAGGUGCAAACUGCCAUUUUUGAGAAAAAAAUGUGGGUUUGUGUAUCCGAUCCUUUUGACAAGUGUGAGGUUGCCAAAGCAAUCAUUAAAGAAGGAGGUGGUUCCUCCAACUCCAUUAAUUUGCAAGGGCUAAUAAAAGAAAUUUGUGAGUUGAUUAGGGGGAAGAAGUUUUUACUUGUCUUAGAUGAUGUGUGGACUGAAGAAUUCAACGAUUGGGAGCCAUUCAAACUUGCACUCAAAUGUGGUGACCUAGGUAGUAGAAUUUUAAUCACCACGCGUAAUAUUAGAGUUGCAGAAAUGGUGAAAAGUGCCUAUACAAUUAAAUUGGGCGUAUUGUCUGACGAAGAUUGUUGGUUGAUAUGUAGUCAAAUGGCAUCUAUUGAGAAGGAUGAUGAGCAACUAGGAGAACUUGGUAGAGUAUUAGUAAAGAAGUGCAAAGGCUUGCCACUUGCUGCAAAGACUCUAGGAAGUCUCAUGCGCAACAAGAGAAGUAAACAAGAAUUGAGGAAAAUUUUAGAUAGUAAUUUAUGGGAAUUAGAAGAUGUUCAAAAAUGUCUUUUAGGACCGUUAUUAUUGAGUUAUUAUGAACAACCUUCAGCAAUAAAAUCUUGUUUCUUAUAUUGUGCUCUCUUCCCAAAGGAUUAUUUGUUUUCUAGAAAUGAGUUGAUCUACCUAUGGAUGUCACAAGGAUAUCUUGGCGUAAAUCCAGAUAUAGAGAUGGAAAACAUAGGAGAAGAGUACUUUGAAAUAUUAGUCAUGCGCUCUUUCUUCCAAGAUUUUGAGAAAGACAACUAUGAUGAUAAGAUAGUAAGAUGUAAAAUGCAUGAUAUUGUGCAUGACUUUGCCCAAUUAAUGACAUCAAAGGAAUGUUUCACAAUUGAUGGUGACAAAGAGUUGGGGACAAAUUGUAAAAGUGCUCGCCAUUUGAGAUUAGAAUUAAUAGGGGAAACACAGUUUCCUAUGUCUAUGUAUAAUGCAAAAAAUGUAUGCACUCUCUUUUCCACUACAUUGGGGAAGAGGACUGUCUUCCCACUCAAUUUAUUCCAGCAUUUGACAUGCUUACGAGCAUUGACUUUGAAAUAUUAUUCCUUUGAGAAUCUUCCAAAUGAAGUUGAAAAGUUGAAACAUUUAAGAUUGCUCGAUCUAUCAAAUAAUUAUAAAAUUAAAGAAUUACCUGAAACAAUGUGUAAUUUAUGUAAUUUACAAACUUUGAAUAUUAGUGGAUGUGGAGAAAUUAAGAAAUUACCCCAAGGGAUGGGUAAACUAAAGAAAUUAAGACACCUUGUUACUAAAUAUUUGGUUCAUUUUCCAAAAGGGAUUGGGAGAUUGAGUUAUCUAAGAACAUUAAACACUUUCACAGUAGGUGGUAUAGAUGAUAUUGACGGAUGUAAACUUGGAGAAUUGAAGAAUCUGAACCGCCUUAAAGGGUCUCUUUCAAUAGAAGGCUUGAAAAACGUAACAGAUGUACAAGAGGCCGAGAAUGCACAGCUUAAAGAUAAGAAGCAUCUCCGUGAGUUGAGGCUACCAUUUGACAAGGAAGUUGAGGAGAUUGAAAGUGUAAGGAAUGAUGAAAUCGUUCUUAAAGCCUUAGAGCCACAUCCAAACUUGGAAAUUUUAAAGAUUGAUAACUACAUGGGUAGAGUGUAUCCUAAUUGGAUGAAGUCUUUGUCCAAUUUGAAAAGGCUUGAGCUUUGGAAGUGGCCUAAUUUAGAGCAAUUGCCUCCUCUGGGGAAGCUGUAGUUCCUCGAAACAUUAGAGUUAAUAGAAGCGUACAGUGUGAAAAAGGUGGGUGUUGAAUUUUUGGGAAUAGAAGAAGCCAAUGGGAAGAACAGAUCAACAUCACCACUUGUCUUAUUCCCUAAUUUAAAGUCUCUCAAAUUUUGGGAUAUGAAAGAGUGGGAAGAAUGGGAUGGGAUGGGAGAAAGGAGAGAAGAAGAAGGAGUAAGUGGUGUUUCUGUUUUAAUAAGUAUAAUGCCACGUCUUCAGAUUUUGGAUAUUUGGGGAUGCCCAAAGCUAAAGGCACUGCCCAACUUCCUUGAGACAACUUCGUUAAAGGAAUUGAGUGUCAAUUGUGGAAUUUCCAAUUGGAUGACGUUGGCAACAUUAUCCGGAUUGAAAACACUUAGUCUCGAUCUGAAUAACGACGUAGUAGAGCAUUUGCCCCCUUUGGGGAAGCUGUUGUUGGUCGAAUCAUUAGAGAUACAGUGUGGCCAUAGAGUGAAAAAGGUGGGCGUUGAAUUUUUGGGAAUAGAAGAAGAAUCCAACAACAAGAAGAAGAAGAUAGACGACGAGAAGGGAUUGACUUCAUCAUCUUCUUCUUCUUCGCUUGUCUUAUUCCCUAAUUUAAAGUCUCUUGAAUUUUGUAAUUUGGAAGAGUGGGAAGAAUGGGAUGGGAUUGGAGGAACAAUGAGAGAAGAAGAAGCACAAGAAAGUGGUGUUACUAUCACUAUUAUGCCACGUCUUCAGGAAUUGCGAAUUUAUAAUUGCCCCAAGCUGAAGUCGCUGCCAGACUUCCUUUCUACAACUCCAUUGAAGACACUGGAGAUCUGGUUGAGUCCAAUUCUCGGUGAAUGUUGCCAAACAGAGAUAGGAGAUCAAUGGCCCAACAUUUCUCACAUACCCAUCAUUCAUAUUGAUGGGAGAAGUGUGCGAAGAGAUGGUCAUCCAAUGCAAACUUGAAUCUCAGUUCGAUUGGGGCUCUGCAAGUCGCAUCCAUUCAGAUAAGGCCUUAUUAAACUAGAAAUCAAACGAGAAGCAUAUUUUGUGCUGGAGAAAAUUUGCAUGUAUGGAUGCAUGUUUGUAAAGCACCCACAAAAGAAAGGCUUGCAUUUUGUAUCACAUACUGACAAAUGAAAGGCCAGCAAGGUUAAAGAGUUUGAAUUUGCAACUCCAUUACUGACACUGUCAAUCUCUAACAAUCCAAUUCUCAGUGAAUGUUGCAAAACAGAGAUAGGAGAUCAAUGGCCCAACAUUUCUCACAUACCCAUCAUUCAUAUUGAUGGGAGAAGUGUGCGAAGAGAUGGUCGUCCAAUGCAAACUUGAAUCUCAGUUCGAUUAGGGCUCUGCAAGUCGCAUCCAUUCAGAUAAGGAAAAUAUUCAAGGCGUGAGCAUACAUUGACAAAGGCCUACAGAAGAAACUCCUGUAUCGUAUCAUAAUGACAACAAAGCUUGCAUAUGGUAUGGCACAUGAAAGGGGAGCUAGGCACUUAACCAAACUGCAAACUAAUGCAUCCUCGAUCGUUGAGGACUUGAAAAUGAAGUUGCUAAUUAAUCAUCAAACUUCAAUGUUACAAUACUUACAGGUCUUAUGAGUUUAAACCCAAAGGCAUCUGAAUUCCUUAUCAGACCAAUGAAAAAUGAAAUGAAAUCGAAGUCUAGAAGAAAGGCAUUGAAAGACAUAUUCAACAAUGGUGGAAGGUUCUCGAAGCUGUGAAUUUGAAGAAGAGAUCUCAUAAGUGGUGUAAAGACGAUAUGCUUGAUUACCUUUUGCUCCUUCAGUCCAAUCUCCUCACUCUCUUGCACCAGGUUUCUGUUUGGUUGCUAAGAAAGUGUAGGAACCAAUGACUUUUUUAAGAGAAAGAGAAAGAUAGAUGUACUCAUCCAUUUGAAUAGUCACAGUUUAGUGGUAUCUUUUGCAGAUUAAAGAUGAUUUGUCUUUACCACUUGGAGGUGGCUCUUCAAGCAGAGACCACUACAGGAACAGGUUUCUUACAGAAUUACAUUGAGUCUAUUCUGGCUCUUCAAGAUGCUAGCUGCAGAUUCACACAAGAUAUGUAGCCAUGGUUCUCCAGAUUUCGGAAGCUGCUCUCUAAUCCUGUAGAGUGAGAAUCAGUUGGCUUACUGAUGCAAAUAUAAUAGUAGUUUUGACUAAUGAAGUUGAAAGCGAAGCUGUUGACAGCCCACGACAAAAUAAGUUCGAUUCAUGAUUUCUCCUCCCCUUGUAUUAUGGUGUGCUGACUGCACUAUUGAGAGAGAAGAUAUAAAUGAUGAUUUACUUGAAAGAAUUCUUAUAACGCCAACUCCAAGUAAUUAUAGGGUAGGUAUAAGGCCGCUCCAUUUCCAGUUUCAUUGCAGUAGUUCCCCACUUUCCACAUCCUCUGCUAGUGAUGCUUCUGAGGGUCUCACUUUGAGGCUUCUGGAGCUCUUGGGAUUCAGCAGGCUUAUAAACCUGGAACAGGAAAGCAAAAGUUAGAAGCAUCGCCAGAUGCCUAUAACGACACAUUUUCAAUCAGCAAAUAAACUUGUCUUCACCAAAGGAAGACAAUAUCCUAUGUGGCCUUCUACAAAGUAGCACAUAUUGUAACCAAGAACACCUUGGUGGCAAUUUACCAUUUAUAGACAACACUCAAUGUGGAAGGAACCAAAAAGUGUGAUUCACAGAGGCAAACAUCUGGAUGAGAAUACUCUAAAGAAAGAGUUGUGGACAAAGUUUGAAGUAGUAUCCACUCCUUAGCUUUGUUAUAAUGCGUCUGUGCUGCAAUAUACUGCUCAGAACCAGAUAAGCCCUAUUGUGAUGAUGGAAGUUAAAUGAGUGUGAUGUGAGCUAGAAAGCACAUCUUUUUUCUUUAAUUUUGAUUGUAAAUGGUGGAUCAUGUUGUAUGUUGGUCGUAUUUCGAGGCUCUAUAAUUGGUUUAUAUAUCAGUACCACCUAUGAUGCAUGUAUCUCUUGGUGGCGUUAUAUUCACUAAUCAUGUGUCCCAAGAGUAACUACAGCACAUAUGAGCACCAGUGGGACAGCCCAAGGACUAUGCACAAAUUUCAAUUUUUGUAAUCGAAAAGCUAAACAGCCCUACUGUUUUUGGUUUAUAUUAGUCUUCUGAAGAUGUUUUGUUAGAUUGUGAGAGCUCGUUGGGUUAUGAAAAGAAGGAUUGGCUAGAAGUCUGCAAUGGUGUUCGCUUCUUCUGUUAGUAUUGUGUUGGAAUUGUUUUUAUCUCAUUGUUUGAAUAAAUUUAUCAUUCAUCGUGAUACAGAAACAGCACACUAUGUUUCAACUAUUGGCUAUUGCAAAGUUCCAUGCCACAUCUUUUGUGGGAUGUCAUGCGAGGUGCAACCUUGCACCAUGUAUACUAUAGAACUGGUUAUGUACACAAAACUGUUCUUAUAUGAAUAAGCUUCCCCUUUGAGACGUGUUA